GUAACCCGGGAAAGGCAACAUCAGAGGCGGUUAGCGACAUUUCUUUCUAGGAAUCUCACAGCUGACCUGGAUAUUUGGUUGCCUGGACCAUCGCCGAGACGACAACAAUGGAUGAAUGUCGCUAGAAAAAGUUGCUAGCUUACUUGGCACAACUGCGAGCUAACAUUGGUUUGCUAACGUUAGCUCGCUAACGCUAACGUUAGCAAACAGACAGCUGAACGAAACUGAAGAAGUCCGGAGAGGUUAGGAUUGUCUUGUUAUGAGGACAUCAGCAUGAAUAUGAACAUCUAGGCACCUCGGAUUGCUUCCCUAAAGGUGACUGGGAGAGAUGAGGAGCAGCAGGAGGACGGAGGUGUCUCUUAAAAGCUCUGCUCAGCAGCUUACUGAUCACAAUAUUGGCACAGAGCUGACAACUGCAUGGAAAAGUUUGGCUCAGUCCAAAGCUGCUUUGCGGCAUAUAGAAAACCGUCUGGAGGCAACUCCAGGGACAGGGGUUCUCCUGGAGUCAGUCAUGGACCCCCCCAAGGAGAAAUCGUCCAGGACGGUCCGCUGCAGGGAUGGGCAACAAGCUGAUGACGAUGGAGGGUCAUCAAAGCGCAGGGGGCGCAGUCAGCAGAGUCGAGAAAAGAGCAGCUCGCGCAGCCCACUGAGAAAUACUACCCAAGACAGUAAUGUCUGCAGGAACAACAGCGUGGAGUUCAGGGAACCACUGGCCUCAUACAGAGAGGCCACCCCUCCACCGCAUCCAUCCUCUCAGCUGGAGUCCAACAGCCUGCAGUCUGUGCCAGGGUCUUCGUACCCAUCCUCUCUGCCUCCCUCAGAUCCCCUGCUUAGCCAACUGGUCUACCAGAGGGACACCAGGGACAAGCAGACGGACAGGGACGUCGACAGCACACACUCCUCGGCUCUGGAGAGCACCGAGGUCCGCUACCUCAAUGACCAGCCAGCUCUGGACACCCUGAGGACUGUUGGAAACAGGUCACAUCUCACAAGUGUAAGAAACCCUGUAAGGGAGGGGACAGAGGAGGAGCGCACUCCCAAAGCACAACUUGGCAUGGACAGCCAAGAGUCAAGCCCAUGUCUAGUUCCAACCCCAGGCUCCAUACGCAGAGGGGACAACACACCUUCCACUAGCCCUGGCUCUGCUUCCCAGCGCUUGGAGAACCUAAGGCGGCAUCAGCCUGAUGAUAAACUGGAGAAGCUCAAAGAGCGUAUUCGAAGGCAGAGAAAACAUUUGGAGGAGGCUGCAGAAAGGGAGAAGCUGCUGGGUUUUCUGGAACAGCCUAUUAUGGCAGCUGUGGGAAGUAACAGUGCUGCUAUCAGCAACAUGCCCACAGCCAAAAUACGGAAAGUAGCAGCUGCACCACCUGCACCUAUAUACAAAGGUUUCAACAGUACUGAGACAAAGAUCCGGACACCUGACGGCAAAGUUUGGAAGGAAGAGGAUUUUCAUAACCUCAGCAGAGAAAUAUACAGAGACCUGUCACGGCAGUUUGCUGAGAGCACCAGAUCCAGGCAUCAGCAGCAGAGGGAACAGAGAGCAGACAGGUCCAAAGAGAGGAGGCCUUCCAAACCAGUCAGGAAGGUCCACAGAGCUGCCCCUGCCUCUGACCUAAAUGCAAAACCAGUGAUUAGUCCUGCAUCGUGGCGGGACGGCCAGAAGCUGGUAAAGAUGGUACUGGGUCCGGCUGCCAAGCUGUCUAGGGAGGAUGGCGGGCCCCAUUCAUCUGACAGGCUGAGCAGAACAGCUUCCCGUCACCGCUCAAGUUCAGACCCACGCUCAGAAUCAAACCAACGAUCUCGACCUAAAAGCACAGAAAGGCCUCACAGUGGUUUUCGGGGGCAAACGAAAAGCCACUCCACAACCACAUCUACCCCCUCGUCUGCAGCCCAGGACAAGGCACCAAUGGGUGUAAGCACGGACCUGUUGUCAGCAGACAUUCAGGGGAUACUUGAUGACCUUCAGCUGGAAUAUAAAGCAACUGAGAAGGAGGAGCGGACCCGGCAAAGGUCACGGGGUGGGAGCAGUGGUAGGAGAGGGAGAGGGGGAUCAGGGUCAGGAACAAGGACUCCAAUGUCUGCCUGGGGAACUGAUGUGGCCACAGGUAUCUCCUCAAGAGGAUACCGCAGUGCCAGCCCCUCUACGCACCCACCAGAGGUUGCCAACAAGGUUGAUACAGGGCACAAAAAGCGGCACUACGAUGCAGAUACUGUUCGACAGUACAUUGCGCGGCAACAAGAAGAAAGAAAGAGGCGUCAGGCAGAGGAGAAGAGGGCACAGAGGGAGGAGACGGAGAGGAGAAACCAGAGACUGCAGGAACUCUACAGGAAGCAAAGAGAAGCUGCUAAAACAGCGGCCCUACCCAGCGAGGCCCCUGUGGCCCCUGUACAAAAGCGGCUACAGGAGACCUACAACAAACUGCUGCUGGAGGAGGCCCAGCUGGACGAGGAGGCCACACAGACGCACCCUGCUCCUUCUAAUCAGAUGAGACCAAUGUACCAGCCCUCUGGAGAGUCAGACAAAGAGAACAAAAGACUAGAUGCACCACAGAGCCCUUCAAGCAGUGACAGGUCUUUAAAUGAACAUCCACCUCCUCCAUUAUCCAGGAAUGAUCUGGAUGUUGGAGUUGCCACUUUGCUUCAGCCUGGCCGUCUGAGUCCUGCUGUUCGACCUGCAGCUGGUCCCAGCAGCAGUGUGCUAGCUCCCUUUGGUGACCCUCUUCUCUCUCAGCUUCUCAGGCUGGAGACAGCAGUGGCCGCCGGUAACAUCAAACACACCCAGCGGCCUGCUACAGCCCCUUCCAACAGGUCACCUUCCAAAAUGUCCCGCAUUGAGGCCCUCAAGGCCACAGCUGCGUCCCUCUCCAAUCGUAUAGAGAGUGAGGCACGGAAACUUGCUGGGGAAGGGAUCAACUACGGUACGGCAACGUCAAUGGACAAAGAUACUGUUUUGGUUCCUCAGCCCUCUCUGGCUAAUCUUGAUGAUGGAUGCUGGGCAGAAACAGCUGCCAUGGAAAAUAAUGAUGUGGCAUUAAGGAUCCAGAGGAUUUUGACUAGCACAAGUCAUAGUUCCUCUAAUAGCUCAGCUCUUCCAGGAGCAGGCAAUCUGCACACCCUCAGGGGACAAAAAGAAAGCAAGGGUACACACACCAAUUUCACAAAUCCACAAACAACUGCUGGGGAUGUAACAGGGCCCAUUUUUGACAGUUAUACACAAGGAAGGAGGAAGCUAGUUAAUGGCUUCGAGAAGGUAGAAAUAAUGAAUAAAAUGGCACAAAGGAGAGACUACAACGAGGAGGAGAAUCAUGCAGAUUUCCAUGACUCAAGUGCUGGUUCCAUCAGUGAGGGUCCCAUACUGAGUGAGGGGAGUUUUUCAGAGGAUGACACAAGCCCUCCUCAUCCCUCCAGCCGUCAUGUACCCAGACCAGGAGAUCUCCUGGAGGCAGUGGACUACUGUACCGGUCAAAGAAGGGAUUACCAGCGGUUGUCUGACUUCCAGAGGGAGGCAGCAAAAUGCUCAGCCCUCAGCUCCCCAUUUGCUCAGCAGGACAGCAGUAAAGCAGCCUGGGAAGAGCUGAACAAAGGGAGCCCUUUAAGCGUAAUCAACAUUUUCACUAAGAACCUUCAUGGCCAUGUCAAAGUGGGUGAGAGGAACUCUCCCUCUGCCAGUUCUUUUCACUCUGGAAAUAGCCUUGGAGAUGCAGCAGUCUAUGAAGAUGACUUUGUGUCUUCACAUAGCAGCAGAGCCCCUAGCCAGACAAGGAGAGGCUCCAAUUCACCCAGUGUAAACAGUCACUUUGAGGAGCUGAUGAGGAGGUCUCCUUAUGAGAAAAGUACAGGAGGCAUCAAUUCCCACCAUUCAUCCUUUCACUCAUCUGUUCACUCGCCACAUCUUUCCUCUGGUUCAGCAUCUGGCUCGUCACCCCUCUCUAAACACUCUACCAGAAAAAGAGGGACAGCAUCAGACCAGAGUGAUGCCACCCUGGUGGAAGAGCAGAGGGGCUCCUGCUCACCCCACUCAGAGGCACUAUCCUCAGACUCCAGGAAGAGAGGCUCAGACAAAAGCUCUGCCCACAGUCAGGCCAAGAGUGCCCACUCCAGUGACACCUUGGGAGAAACUUCAGUGCAUUCUCACCUAAGUUUGGGGCUGGAUGGUAAGAAGUCUUCAGCGGCCAGGGCCAAACACGCUUCUCCUUCUGGAUCUCCAGAUCUUGGUUCUCCUCGAGAGGCAGACUCUUCCAGUGAGCCUGUAAGAGGUGGCUCUCUGGGGGAAAAUAACAUGAACACACGCACCACAGCUUACAGUAGCAGAGUUGAGACAAGGACCACAGGUGAACUACAGUAUUCACCUGCUGUCCUGCAGCAGCGUAUGGCAGCAGAGCUCCAGUACCUGGAGUCCAUUGAAGAAUCAGUCCGACAGCUGGGCGACGUGGAGAGGCUGAUGGGUGUGACCAUGGCUCAGCAGGAGAGUGCCUCAUUGGCCCAAAUGCUCAAGGCCAAGCACCAGUGCCAUGAGCGUGAGCUCUACGAGCUGAAGAUCAAGGCUGAGAGAGAAGCCCUGGAGACAAAGCUACAGCUGGAGGAAAACCGGCAGAGAGUGGCCAGGGCUCAUAUAGAACUGCAAGAAAAUUUGGCAGCAACUCAAAAAGAGACUUUGGAAGGCCUCCAGGAGGCAACUACUAAGAUGAUGAGCCAACAGGCUGAGGCAGCACGGUACACAGCCGACGCUGCCCGACACAUCAAGGAGAUGACAGAAUUGGCACGGUCGCAGAUAGCAGGAGCGUUGGUUGUCCCCCCAGUUGCCACCGAUUCCUCCAUGUUGGACCAGCAGGAAAAACAGGAGAGCACCUAUACAAAGCAUCAACAGGAUGAAGCUGACUCCGACAGCUUCCAGAGUGAGGUGUUGAGCAGAAGGACCAGACCCGAGGAACCUUUGUCUUCGCUGAACAGCCUCAGUCACUCCCACUCUCUGUCCUUCAGAACACCCAACCUUAGUGGAGCAGACUCUAGCAGCCACCAUAGCCCGUCGUCGCAUGUCUCCUCAGACCACAGAGAGCGGUUGAAAAAAGAAGCAGGAGAGGGAAAAUGGAGGAAUCAGGGAGCUGAGGGGAAGACAGAGAGGGAAGCAGGCAGCAGCUCCAUAGAGGAAGAAGUUAUUACAGCAGCAAAUGAUUCCCUCUGCAGUGACAGCAUCCCCUCUGUGGUGGAUGAGAAAGGAGACAGUACAUCCGUGGCAACAGAGUACUCUCUCAAGUUUGAUGAGUCCAUGACAGAGGACGAGAUAGAAGAGCGAUCUUUCCGCUCUCUGCUGCCAUCUGAGGCACACCGCCGUGGAACUAUGGAGAAAAAGUCCCGCCACCACGAGGAAUCAGAAGAUGAUGGUGCCAGUCACAGCACAACACUGAGUUCAGCAGCACACAACAUCUUGAAGUCUCAAGAUGCAAACAUGGCCUUCUCUAGCGGACAGGACAGCUUUUCCCAGUUCACCAUGGCCAUGGUGCGUCAGUACAUGAAGGAUGAGGAAGUAAGACUGCAGCACCAGAGCUCUUUGCUGCGUCUUCGCCAGAAGGCUCUCAAUGAGAAGACGAGAACUGAGCUGGCCUGGCUCGAGCACCAAAAAAAGAGGCUGAGGGACAAGGGAGAGGAUGACAAAAUGCCACCAAUUAGGAAGAAGCAGAGGGGCCUUCUGAUGAAGCUACAGCAGGAACAGGCUGAGAUCAAGCGACUGCAGGAGGCCAACAAAGCAGCGAGGAAGGAAAGGCAGCUGUUGCUGAAGCAGCAGGAGGAGAUUGAGCGCAUGAGAAACUCUACACUCAGACUGAAGGAGCGUCUCAAGUGUGCUGGGGGUGAAGUACCACCUGAGACCCCUGUGUCAGAAACACCAGUGUCGGAGCCUGCCUCCCCCAACGUGAGACAUGCUGAUGAUAACCGCAGCCCGUCUCCCUCGCUUUCCAUCUCUGGAAGUGAAACUAGCAGCAUCAUGCAGAAGCUUAAGAAGAUGCGCACUCACAUGGAUGAGAAACACUGCUCUCCUGUCCACUACUUCUUCUCUGUGUUCACGGCCCAUCACUGGGCCUCCCUCAGUGUCUGUCUUCCCAACCUCCACCCUAAAUUCCAGCUUUUUAUCUACAACCAGUUGGUCAGGUUCCUGACCAAGCGGGAGCAGCAGCUGAUGCAGAGGCGCCACCAUGCUGAGGAGCUUCUGCAGUGGAAACAGCGGCUGGACCAGGAGGAGGCAGAGGUCCGUAGGAUGGAGAAAGAGGCCCUGGCUGUCUGGGACCGGCAGACGCCCAGGGACAAGGAUCGUGAUGUGUCAGAGAGUCUGAAAAAGGACAUCUCUGACAUUAGCCCUAGUGACCAUCGAAGCUCUGAGCUCAGAACUGACAGUGAGAAAGAGUGUGCGAGUGAGGGCAACCGCUCCUUUGCGACACCUGAGUCCAGUAUACACACAGAGGGAGAGGGGUCCAAGGAACCAGGAAGCCCCUCCUCAGCACACCCUGCGUCAGUCCCUGAAACACCUUUGGCCUCUGUCCAGAGCAGCCCUGCGAAUUACACCCAAGACUUCACUUCAGCUUCACCAUCACCUAGCAGACAAUCUGUCCAGUCUUCUAUAGUCAAAGGCAGCCACAGCCCUGCUGCCUCUCCUUCAGAUGGCAGCAGCAAAACCAAGAUGCAGCUUCGCUCCACCUCCCAGACCAUCAACCUGGCCCGCACUCAGCCAACUGACUCCCCCAUGGCCACACAGACUGAACCCAUUUCAGACCAGAGUGACAUAGAGAGUCGUAUCAAGGCCCUGAAGGAAGAACUCAAGAAACGAAAGUUUAUGGCCUACCAGCUGAAGAAAGAGCAAAAGAAGAGGCACAAGGAGCGCCUGAAGGCAAAGGAGGCCAGCCUGCUAAAGCAGCUGGAGACCUAUAACAACUUCAUUGAGAAAACUAAGGCAGAACUGAACAAGGAGCCAGACUCAACACCUGAUACAAAGUCCCAGAUCAAGGAUUCCACGCCAGUUGCAGAGCAGUCCAGCUUUAAACCACCUUCACAAAGGUUUGAAACCAGCCAAGUCUCUGACGCUGAAAGGAGGCAAAUUGAUGCUUCAGUAGACCACAAUGCCUCUCCUCAAGUUGAUCCCAGUAGAUCCACCUCGAUGCCUGAAUACUUAUCUGAUGACCCACCAACUGUCACUCCAACCCCAGUAUAUGGCAGCCCAGAGUGUCCAGCCUCAGGACUGAGGAGCCUUCAGUCCUCUGUGGAUCUUUUAAAACCUUCCGCCAGGGAAACCAAGCCACAGAUAAAUGAGUCUGGGGAUGGGAGCAUUGUGUCCGAUCAAAGAUCUGAAAUUCAGGAAGAGCUGGAGGUGGAAGUAAGCUCCAGGUUGGAGGAUCAGCACUCUGACCGUCUCCUUAAGCUUGAAAAAGAAGACAAACCGGACUCCUGGGAGAAGCUUUCUACAUCUAAACACGUUUCCUCUUCAGCAAGUGAAGAACAGCAUCCUCCAUCUGAAGCAAAGGAAACAUAUGAAGCAGAGGAUGAUGUGAAACCCACAACUAAGUCACAUUCAGUUCCAGUGGACCUCAAAACCUCACCACAUCCUGGUUACAGCUCUCCAACCAGUGGCCCCUCCUGCUUCCCUGAUUCAGUUGCCUUCUCUUCAAAUAAAGAGACACCCAUAAAGGAUGCUGAAGCCUCCUCUCCCUUGGCAGAUGGCUAUCAUGAUGACUUUGAGUCAUCAGUUGAUUCAUCACCCCGGGAGCAGCAUCAUAGUUCCAGGCCUGAGUCUCAAAUCUCAGUUUCCCCGACUGAAAUCAAGGGUUCAAGAAAGGCCACACCGUAUGACAGCCAAGAUGAGGAGGUAGAGGAGGAAAUAGCUGAGGAGCUGAGUCGCCAUUCUGGCACGAGUGAACCUAGCAACCAAUCUGGAAGAUUGCUAGAACUUCAUAAGAAGACAGAAGACUCCAAACAUGACAGUAAGAGCAUUAAUUCCAGCCACUCGCCACCCAUCUCUCCUUUGCAGACCCCUCUCUCUCCUGUUAUAGAUGAAAUGCCAAGUUUCAAUAUUGGAGAUCGGGUUCUUGUUGGCAGUGUUCAGCCCGGCACUCUGAGAUUCAAAGGCCCGACCAGCUUUGCCAACGGCUUCUGGGCUGGCGUGGAGUUAGACAAGUCUGAAGGAAGCAACAACGGCACAUAUGAUGGAGUGGUAUACUUUGAGUGUGAUGAGUGCCACGGUAUCUUUGCUCCUCCAGACAAAAUCACACACCUCCCAGACAAGUUUGAGGUCUACACAGACACCACAGAGGACGAGGACUCCUUCUUUGAUGAUCUGUCAGAUAAAGGUGGGGAUAAACGUAAAACGGAUGAGGACAAAAACAAUGAAAAACAAGGAAAUCUUAAGAGUAAAAAUGAAGAAUCGUCUCAUAAGGACUUUGGGUCUCAAGAUAAAAAGAUUACAGAUGAUUCUCUUCCCAAGAACCAGACCUCACUGAAGGCCGGACCCCACCUCAAUUCACAGCAUCACAAAGAAUCCAAGCAUCCGAUUUCUAAUGGCAACUGUCGGGACAUAAUGUUGGAAUUUGACGAUGCACCGACCACUCUCCUCAUCUCUGAUAUGGACAAGAUUGGCCUGGGGAAGCAAAGUCAGAAGGAGAUUACAAGCCUUGUUGAGAGAGAAGACGUAGACUCACAACACCAGUUAACUCCUGCUGACCUUACCACAGAUCUCAGGGAUGUUGAGGAAGAAAAGAAGGACACAGAUUUACUGGACACGUUUGCAGACAAGCUCUUCAGCAACUUUGUGAACGACACCUUAAAGCAGUUUGCUGAAAUUAAAAAGGCCAAAGAGCAGAAGAUAGAAGCUGCCAACCAGAUGAAUGGAGACCUGUUUGGGGAAAAUGUAGAAAAGGAGGAGUGGAUCUCUUCAGUGGAACAAAAAGAUGGUCUGCCUUUCUUCCUACCCAUAGAAAAAGAGGAGCUGUCUUCUCCAGAGCUGUGUAACCGACCGGAGAGUCCAGUGUUGGGGGCCAGUGGUCAAGAGGAACUCGCCAAGCGACUAGCAGAGCUGGAACUGAGCCGUGAACUGCUGGAUGAGCUAGGUGACGAUCAGGACUGGUUUGAUGAGGACUUUGGCCUCAGCUCCCGUAGAGAACAGCAGAGACUCAAACAGAAACAGGAAGAGCAAGAGGCGAGGCUGGGAGGAGGAGGCCUGGGGAGGUCUGGCUCAUCAGCCGGAGCUCCUAUGGGGGGGCUGGUCGCAUCACCAGGUGGUGAACAGCAGGUAAAGACUCCACCUAGACCUGAGCUGCCUCUACCCCUGCCUCCUAAACUGCCCGAGCAGCCCGCCAUGGUGGUGCCCCACUCAGCCACAGAGGUGGAGAAGAUGGUCCAUGCUGCAACUCGGGAGAUCUGGGAGAGCUGUGGUCUGGGGGAGGAGGGAGCAGUGACCCUUGCACAAAUGCCAAACCCCAAACCUUCACAAGAGUAUCUGGGUAAAGAGGCCAGCAGCCAGGACCAGGAGGCCCUCGCCAUCCGCAGCUACAGAAAGGGUGUGUAUGACCUGACCUGGGAGAUGCUUCAGGAAAUCUAUGCUGAAGACCCCAACACUGAUCAGCCUCAGUGGGUCAAAACACGGCGAGUCAAGGCCUCCUUCUUCCACAGAGUAAAGACAUCAGGAGACAUCACCAAAGUCCAGGAGUUCAUCACAGCAGAAGUACUGAAAUUGUACGGUCUGACAAAGAAUCAGAGCCAGAAGACUGACUGGCAGAAGAUGCUCAAAUUUGGCAGAAAGAAACGCGACAGAGUCGAUCACAUACUGGUUCAGGAGCUCCAUGAGGAGGAAGCCCAGUGGGUCAACUACGACGAGGAUGAGCUGUUUGUGAAGAUGCAGCUGGCAGACAGUAUCUUUGAUGCAUUGUUGAAGGACACCACAAAUGUGUUGACGCUAAUCUAUGACAAGAGGGCCAAAAGAGACUCCCUCUCCUGACAGUUUCCCUGCUUGGAUUUAAAACUACAACCUCUAGCUCAAUCCCAGUCUGUCCUCACCCCAGUGUGCUCCAGCCAACCUACAACCGCUUGGUCUUCCGCCGGCUGAUGUGCCAAUGGCAACCCUCAGAUGCCUUCAAUCCCAGCAUUACCUCUCAGCUAGACAACUCCUACUUAUGUCUGUAACAUUAAUUUGCUGAAUUUGCUUCAGCUAACUGUCGUGGUUAUACAGUUUGUUUUACACACAAAACACCUCUUGAGCAAUCCUUAAACCUUAACACAAUCUAGUCUCAGUUCUCACCUCCUGGACUGGUCCUUUUGUAGAUGCCAGUUGGAGAAUGAGCAGAUGUUUUGAUAUGAUGGACUGUGCUAUUUGUUAGCAUCCAAAGUCCAUUAAUGCUGCUAAUGCUGAUUGUUCCUUUUGGGGUGUAAAAUAUAAAAUCCACCUGGAACAAGAGUAGGUUGUUAUAUUUUGUUUUGAAUCUUAAAUAUUUGUUUGGAUUCAAUAAUUGUAACAGAAUAGCAGAAAAGAAUAUACAGUGUAGUCUGUAAGUGAUUUGACAGUGACACAUUAUUGUUCUGACUUUUUAAUCCAAAACAUUGAAAUUAAACAAUGACUGUGGGGUUAAAUUCUCAAAUGUUAGCUUUAAUAGAGUUUUUUUUUUACAUCCAUAUUGGGUGGAAGGUGUAGAAACUGUAGCCUUUUAUACAUAGUCCCCCAUUUUAUGGAACUGUAAGCUUGCCUUAAACAAAAACGUUUACAGGGAAUUUUUGCUGUUGGACUGAGAUCAGGUGACUGACUAAGAAAGUCGAACAUGUGGCCCUAAAAACUUGGGGGAUGAUGUAGAAAAAAAUCCAUUACUGUUCACUCAAUAAGGAAAUGAACUCCCUCUCUGAAUCUCAUCACUUUAACUUCAUAAGUAUUAUUGAAUUUCAGAUCCAGUUUGUUGGAGGACAGCUAAAACAAUGAAAAUGUGUCACUCAUUAAAUACUGUCAGACCGCAGUGUUGGAACAUCACUGAGUUCAGAUAUUGUAUGAAACAUUUUGCCUCCUUAAUUAUAUUAUUUAUUGUGUGAAAAUGUUUAAAAAAUGUUUAGAGGAGAAAGGAACAUCGGGAAUUGUAAAUGAUCUUGUCAACAUAUAGAUAAAAGAUAAUUUUAACAUUGUGUAAAGAAAAUCUAAUGAAAUUGUAAAAGCACAAACAGAAAUGUGAAUGUGAAUAUGGCAAUACAUUAUGUAGGAGGUUGAAAGAAUUCUAUUGAAACCAGAAAAAGAACAUGGGGAAAUCUGUUUUAUUAUUUAAAAGUUGUGGUGUUGAGAAUGAAUUGAAACUAUGAUUUUUUUUUUUUUUUUUUUUUUUUUUUUGUGGCCACAACUGUCUGCUCGGUCAACACAAUCACUGUGCCUCACUUCCGUACUAUAUGUUAAUAUUUUGAAGCAUACAAAAAAUCUCAUACAGCUACCAAGGGAAAUACUUCUCCAAUAAUUUGCUUUCUUAUUUUUUUGUGCUGUAAUUGAAACCAUAGCCCUGCAUUAACAGUAGCUCCUCACUUUUUUUUUAUAUUCUGUGUCCAUCAGUGUCACUCUCAAAAAACAAGGAAGUUUUGAAUGCAUGCUGGCAUUCUUAAUAUUUCAUUUGUUUUAGUUUAUAGUAUGCAAGUGGGACACAAAAGACUGGCAGUCGGCUUGACUCGAUAAUUUUUAGAAUCACAUUAUAGGACAGUUCUGAAAUGCUGGAUUUGAGCCUUACUUAUUCUACAGUCCAUUUACUUUCUACGACCUGAGACGACACCUGUGGCUGUCUUGUUUUGUCAUCAGUUGACCUGGAACAAGCUUCUGUAGCUGAACAAACAUUUAGUCUUGUAGCUGCAUGGCUCAAUGCUCCACUUGCUGCUGUGAAGCUUUUGGCUUCACAGCAAUCAACAAGCUCAAACCAGCCAUCAGAAUGUAGCCAGACAGCAGAGGUGUAGUCCUUCUCAAUGUUCAGUUUAAGUGCCUCUUUAAGUUAGUUGUAUCAGACUUUUUUGAUGUCUCGGCAUCCGUUGGACCUAUUUUGUCUGAAAGUCUCUUUUCAACUGCUGUACUACCAUUUUGUAAAUGAUCCUUGAAUGACUGCUCUUCCUUCUAACUGGUUUACCAAUACUUCAGUUUCUGCCUUAUAAAUCUUUCUGUAUCAGAGCAUAGUGUAGUGGAGGAUUUGGUUUUUUUUCCCGCUACCUUUUCAUCUUCCUGUGCCUCAGCUUGAGGAAAUGUUUGUAAUGCUAACAGAAUCGCUGGCUCACUCUAAAGGUUACCUGCUUCUUGUCCGUGUCACCUCCCACAUCUGUGCAAAUAGACACAGUUGAGUCAUUUUAUUGAUAAACUGUAUCAGGAACUGGUUUGCAGGCACUCCACACACACCCACACACACACACACACACACACACACACACACACACACACACACACACACACACACACACACACACACAGCUCCAGCCCACAGGCUGCACAGAAGUGAGUCAUUGAGCUGAUGAGACUGAGCAUGUAGGACUGUAUCCAAGGGCUUAUUUUAGUCCUCACUGUCAGCGCUGCUUUGAUCCAACAAACUGUAUACAAACUCACCGCGACAUGUGUGACAAAGCUUGUUCAUCCUCACUGACUGUUUGGAGCUAAAGUGACCUUAAACUGAGUACUUAAUGUUUUGUUUUGUUUUGUUUUGUUUUGUUUUGGGGUUUUUUUUCUACUGUCAGUGUUUUAACAGUUGCUAAGGUGUAUGUUCAAACUGUAAAUUAUAUAAUGUCAAAAGAAAAAAAAAAAAAAAAAAGACCAAAAACAUUUGAUACCAAUUUCUUGAUGCUGUAUGACUUGUAUGUCUGGUCUGUAGGCAUAUGUAACUGUACUGGUGACUUGAUUAGUACCAUAGAAACAUUUUUCUGCAAGGCUUUAUUGCAAACCCUCUAGGAUUGUCCUUUUGAAUUGAUUGUAUGUGGGAGGAGGUUAAGUUCUCCUCUGUAACUAUGCAGUACUUGAUCUUAUGCAUUGUUUUAUAUGUAUGGACCAAACAGCUUAGAAUUCUGCUGUUGGUCUGUAAAUUAAACAAAUCUUCAAGAAGCUUGAAGUUGUUUGGUUUAGGGUGAAGUUGCUUUUCUUCCCAAGGAAAUGGAGCAACUUUGCCUCUUAAUAAAGUGUGUGGUCUGAUCCUAUUAACCGAAUUACAACGUAGGCACAAAAGAUUUGAUUAUCACAGUAACCCAGUAAGGCUAGAUGUCCAUCUUCAUCUUUUGAAAUGUUUAUGAGUAUUUAUAAUAAUAUGCUGUGAGUGUGCGCUAAGUGCACUUGAAGACUUGUACAAUUCUUUUUCGGGUGUAAAUACUGUCUUUCCAAUCUGACCCCCUGUUACUGUAACCAGAACGAUUGUUGUAAAAUAAACACUGUUUACUUUGCAAAUAUGUACAUAGUAUAUAUUUGUUAACUAAAUGAUCUUUGGAAUUGUAAAUAAAGCUUUCAUUGUUUCUA